UUUCCCUUCCCUGGGAAGGGGAUCAUUUCCUUAUUUCUAUGAAUAGAAGAAGAAAGAAGCAGUCAUGGCGUUGGCUGUAAUCGAAAAAAACACUAGAAAAUGGCAUGAAAUUCAACGAGCCCUCACACAGGGGAUUUGUGGAGAGAGAGAACGUCGUUCUAUUGAAAACUGUGAAAGAAAUCUCGGAAGAAUUGAGCAUUUGCUAUCACCAGACACAAACAAUGAACUCAAAAGCAGUUUGGCUCAACUGAAAACUCUAAUAGACGCAAAUUUCCAUGCUGGGGAAGACAGACGUUUCUCUGUCAGGCGCAUUAGUUCAGGGAGAAGAGGCCGACCAGCCAUUGAUGUUACCAGAGAACACAUUGAAUUUCUGCUGAAGCAAGGCCAUACAAUUUCAAAAACUGCUGAAAUACUGGGAUGCUCCUCAUCAUUUCUGUACAAGAAGUCAAAGUUGUUGGGUAUACCUGUUAGAAGUAUGCUGUCCGCAAUAGAUGAUGGUGAACUAGAACAACAUGUGAGGCAACUUCAGAGCCAAUAUCCUAAUUCUGGAAAUGAGAUGAUAAGAGCCCUGUUGCGUGCACAGGGUGUGCUUGUUACACGGUCCAGGGUGCGUGAGAUGUUGACACGGGUCAAUCCUACUGCUGCUGCAAGGAGAUGGAGCCAGACAGUUGCAAGACGUGUUUAUCAUGUACCUUACCCCAAUAGCUUGUGGCACAUUGAUGGGAACAUGCGUCUCAUAAGAUGGGGUUUUGUGAUUCAUGGUGCAAUUGAUGGAUACUCCCGUCUGAUUACUUACCUCAACUGCAGCACAGACAAUCGUGCCACAACAGUCCUUUCUCAGUUUUUUGAAAGCAACAUGCCUCUAUGCCCUACCAUCAAGAAGGAUUCAGAGGUUCUAAACCCAGAUGAUGAUGUCCACAGACUUUCACUGCAUAUUGUUUAUCUUCCUGAGAUUCAAAAAAGACUGGAGCAGUUUAGACAGGCCUGGAACCUCCAUCCGUUGCGAACAGAAAAUAAUCGCACACCAACUCAACUCUGGACAGAGGGCAUGCUCAAAAACAUUGCAACAGACAGCACAGCUGUCAACAAUGUGUUUGGGGAAAAUCCCUACAGUGACCAAAACAUUGAUGCCAUCCUAGCGCAGUAUGGAAUUCAAACACUGCCUACACUUGAUGAGGAAGAGUUCCCAGCUGUUAAUGUAGAGCCACCUCAACUCAUCCUCACUCAGCAACAACAGACAUCUUACUUGUUGGCUGACAAUAUUCGUUUUGUUCCUUUCUACUCCCAUUGUUAUAAUUCGUAG